CCUAAGACGAACGGAGCAUUUACGGGUUUGGAACGACAUGGGGGUAAGUGAUUAAUGACAAAAUUUCAUUUUGGCGUGGAGUAACCCUUUAAGCCAAUUAUUAAUAUGCAAAAUCAUUAGUUAUACAGUGAGAAUUUCUCAUUAAAGUGUACUCUGUGUCCAAGAAUAAACAGUUUGUUGAAAAUGCAAUGAUUUAUUUAUUUUAUUGUUAUUUUAUUUAAAUUUAAUUUGUAAUUUUGGGAGGAAAAACAGAAGUCUUAACUAUUAUUACUAUGGAUAAGAUCAAAGGAGUAAAGAGCAGACAAAUUGUUGUAAACAGUUAAAUGCUCAAAUGGACAAAUAAAAUUCAAAAAUGUUUGACUUUUCCUGUGCAGAGAGAAAUUAUUAAACAGAGUGCAUGCAUAGUUCUCCAGCUUUUUGUCGUUUACCUUAAGUGACUUUUAUUUUGAAACCCUGAAGAAAGUGUACAGGACCUGUGAUGGACGCUGGAGUCCAUUUACCUAAAAACAGUCCAUAGGAGUUUCUCAACAUUUGCAAUUCGAAACUGAUUUUGCAUAACACAAAAACAAUAAACAAGCUCAUUUAACAAAUUAACCGGAAAGAGCUCUGACUAUUAUAUAAAAAAUACACUAUAGUAUCAUAUAUAAUAAUUCUUAUUUAGUUAGUUUGCCUGUUUCUACAGAUAACAUUUUUAUUCAGGUUUAAUUAAAAAUGAUUUAUGGUCAAUGGCGCAUCUUCGCAUACUUUUAUUUUGAAAUGGUUAUGUACUAAAGAGGAAGUGUUUAGCGCAGAGUGCAACUUUUCCAGGGAGUUUGCACACCCGAUGGGUAAUUACAAUAUAAUGACAUGGCUUCAUAUUGAGAAUUUGUUAUUCACCAUCUGUUAGCACUGUUGCGAUAAUUUGAUUGCAUAUAUUCAAACUGGAUUUACAGUUUAUUAGGCGCUGGACUGCCAAUGCAGAACGAUUAUUUUUUAAAUCUUGCUGCAAUAUUAUUUUGAACCCGCUUUCAAACACAGUUUCUCAUUUGUGCACUGCACGUAGCUGUGGUCACUAUGUCCAGGUAUGAACUUUUUCAGAGUCAAACUGCUCUGUUGAUCUUAUUAAUGCCGGACACACCAAAGACAUGCAGAUCUGCUGAACCUCAUCUCAACAUGAAACAAAACGAAACGCAGGUGGCUGCACAGGAGAGUCAUGCAAGCGGAUGUCUUUUAGUGGAGGACAGAGCAGAAGACAACAUUCAGACUGUAGUCAUGAGUGAUGCUGAUGACAGGGGCUGGUCUGAAGAUCAGGAAGGUGUGUUGCAGACAUCAGCCGAGCAACCUGAAAAGCCACAAGAGAACGAGUCUUUUGAAUGUGAGCAGUGCGGAAAGACCUUUCCAAAGAUGUUUUCUCUUCUUAGACAUAAACGUGUGCAUUCGGGCAUAAAGCAGCACUGUUGUGAAAAAUGCGGGAAGAAGUUCUCGCAAUUAAGAGCGCUAGAAACCCACCUCCGCAAGCAUACGCAGAAGUUCGAUAAGAAGAAAUUUCCCUGCGCUACUUGCGGAAAGAGCUUCAAAGAUCUCGCAGCGCAUGAACGGGUUCAUGCGGACGUCAGACCGUUUACCUGUGAAAUAUGCGGACAGGGAUUUACAGUCAAAGGAAGCUUAUACAUGCACCAGAGGGUGCACACGGGCGAAAAACCGUACACAUGUGACACCUGUGGGAAAAGUUUCUCUCUAAUAGGCACGCUAAACUGCCACAAGAAGUUUCAUUCAGAUGACAGGCCAAUAAAAUGCAGCCACUGCAAUAAGAGCUUCAAGUGCAAGAGUCAUUUGAGGCGCCACCUUCCUGUGCACACCGGUGAGAGACGAUAUACGUGUAAAAUCUGUGCUAAAACAUUUGCGCAUCAUGAAGCUAUGACACGCCACAUCCUCAUUCACACCGGCGAAAAGCCGUACAUCUGUGAAGUGUGUGGUAAACGAUUUCGCCAGAGAAGCAAUUUAAAAGUCCAUAUGCGGGUGCACAAAGAAACACGAUUUAAGUGUGAAAUGUGUGGGAAAACAUUCCAACAUGAUUUUUUGCUCCAGAACCAUAUUUUAUCACACAACCAUACUGAAAACCCAGAAGAGCAGUUUCUAAAUUCCAAGUCUGUGUUAAAAACUCAACUACAGCUGCAUUCAGACAACAGCAAACCUUUUACGUGCAAAUUGUGCGAGAAGAGCUACAGCAACGUAUAUAAUCUUCGCAUACAUGAGAAGCUUCACUCAGGCGAGACCCCGUUCAAGUGUGAGGUCUGCGGUAAGGCCUAUGCUCUCAGAAAGUCCUUUAAAACACACAUGCUGUGCCAUUCAGGAGAUAGACCGUAUAAAUGCAUAGCAUGCGGGAAAGCGUUCAAGUGGUCUGGCUCUCUGAAAAUGCAUAUGAAGACUCAUACUGAUGGAAAAACGCACAGAUGUGAGACGUGUGGAAAGAGCUUUCGCUUGUAUGGAAAUUUAAAGCGACACAAGCGUGCCCAUGCUGGGGAGAAGCCGUUCAGCUGUAAGGUCUGUGGGGAAGGGUUUCCAGAACUCGACCUUGUCAAAACACACAUGCAAAUCCAUACUGGAGUGAAACCCUACACGUGCCAGAAGUGUGGGAAGAAUUAUGCAUAUCUUAGACAUUACAAUGAUCACAAAUGCAAACCUGUAUGAAAAAGAUGUCGUGGUAGGAACUUUGUUGUAACAACUGCAGGACUCUUUUCAUAUUGUAUUAUUUCCUAUACAAAUGUUUGGGUAACAUUGCGAAGACAUUUAAAUAAAACAUUAGGCUUAAGCUGUUGUUCACAGUUCACAUAAUAAACACUUGUCCCUUUUAGACUUGCACUCUAUUCAUUUUGUCACAUUCAGUUUUCUUAAAAAAAAAACAACAACUAGCUUUCUAAUCUUUUUGUAUUCUAUCUGAUUUCAUUUAUUAUACAAU